UCUUUUGUUUCAGUCACGUGACACGGACUGCAGGGUGGCUACCACCCGCUGAAGCAUGGAAAACCGGAGAAGAUGACCUGCCUUAUGGAUGGGAGAGGGCUCUCGAUGAUUCUGGACGAACCUAUUACAUUAAUCACAUCAACAAAACAACAACAUACGAGAGCCCGGUAGUGAAGAACCUAGAACCCCCACCUAAACCUGAACCUAGGACAGUCGUUUUAGAACGGUCACCAAGUUUAGGCUUUGGUUUUGUAGCUGGAUCAGAAAAACCUGUUAUCGUUCGAUUUGUUACUGAAGGAGGACCCAGUGUUGAUAAGCUUCUCCCUGGCGACCAAAUCCUCGAAGUAAAUGGAGAAGAUGUCUGCCAAGCCCCACGUGAACACGUGAUCUCAUUGGUCCGCGGUUGCCAGCGAUGCGUCAGGCUGACAGUCUGUCAACCUGCCGAAUCUCAGGGUGGCGGGCUAAGGAAAUCCACGUUGUUGUCGGCAGGCAAAAGGGCCAGGUUGAGGACGAAACCACCUAGGGUCAGAUUUGCGGAGAGCGUUUGUGUCAAUGGGGCACCUCUGUUUCCGCCAUCUGCAUUUUCUCUUGGAGACGUUUGCGUUCCACCGAUGGCUAACGUCCUCAAAGUUUUUCUGGAAAACGGCCAAACGAAAUCAUUCAAAUACGAUGCGUGGACAACCGUCCAAGACGUUGUCUCAUCUCUAGAAAGCAAAUUGUACCUGAAAGCUUCUGAACACUUCAGUCUUGUGGUAGAGCACAUAAAGUCUUUGAAGAGGAAUAAGUUGACAUUGUUAGAUCCGCAAGACACUUUAGCCAGGAUAGCGUCACGUCCAGGAGCCCACAAACUGCGCUGCCUCUUUAGAGUGUCCUUCGUACCUUCGUCUGCAGCGGCUUUAGCUCAAAAGGACCUCCAUGCCCUCGACUAUCUCUAUACUCAGUGCUGCAAUGACGUCGUUCAAGAACGGUUUGCGCCAGAACUUCAGCCUGAUACGGCCCUACGAUUGGCUGCAUUGCACGUAUACCAACACGCGAUGGCCAAUGGAGUACAGCAGGCUGCUAAGAUUACUGUCAAGGCAGUUGAACGUGAGUUCGGCCUGGAGCGCUUCGUCCCUGGAUCCCUCUUGGAAGGCAUGAAGCGCAAAGAGGUACGCAAAGUUCUGGGCCAUUUCCUCAAACUUCACGCCACGAUGGCGUCGAGCGGUGGCAAGCAGCUGACGCAGCUUCAAGCGAAGCUGCACUAUCUGGACAUCGUAGCGCAGCUGCCCAGCUACGGCGCCAAGUGCUUCUCAGCUACAGCUACUGCUGGAUCAGGAGGAGAGAUUAUGGGAGAUACUGUGAUACUCGUCAGUCCCAAGUUUGGGAUUAGUCAGAUUACGGGGACCAGGAAUUCGGCAUUUCAGCCUAUUCCGAUUGCCUCGAUAGAAGACAUGGUUCGAAUAGAAGUGAAACAACUGGACGAAGUCAGUCGUAUGGUUAGAGUGCUAUUUCGAGACGAUAGACAUCUGGCUGUCACUUUGGAAGAAAGGGACGCUGGUGAGCUGGUAUUAGUUCUUGGAGGAUAUUACAAGGUUGCACUCAAGGGCGAAAGAGAGCUACCCAUUGAAUACGACAGCAGCUUGAUGCAGCUACAACAUAGAAUGGAAGAUUUGGCACCACCGUACUUAGCGCAACACAGGGUUUGUACCAGAGAAAUGGAAACACCGUAAAGACUGCCUGUUUCGCCAUUCAACCCCCCUACCGUCCCAUCAACAAAAAAACCAACGGUCUCUACAACACAGUUGGUCGACAACCCACCCACGCCAGACCAACAUUGCACCACUUCAGCACCGACAACAACAUGAACAACAAUUUCGUUUCGAAUCGCAACCACCAGAUGGCAGCACAAGCAUCGAGUCGUCAGCAAAGGGGAUCGUAUGAUUUCCAGUCUGUUGUAUCCAUGGAGAUAUUGGAAAAUGAGACCGAUACUAAGAAUGAUGAGGUUUUGAGGCGUGUCCAAGAGAUGCAGCAACUAGUUCAAAACUCAGAACGCUACCUUAAUGAGCAAGAGCAUUUACAGCAUCAGCAAAAUAGGUCAGGAUCCUCAGAAUGGCAGGAGACCAGUAUUGAUGUAGAAAGUGAUGGAGAUUGUGAACCUGGACAGUUGAAACAUAGUGAUUCACUUUUGUUAUUGACGGGGAAAAAUCAUAAUGGAACACAGGAAUCUGAGGAUAUCAAAAACUCACUUUCGAAUAGCGUGGUGGAGCUAUUGAGACAGGAAAGUGCAGGGGCGUGUUCAGAAAGCGACAAUGAAUCAAUUUAUACACCGCACAGCUCUCCAGGACAUCGUACGAGACAGUUGCAGGAGGAUGAUACUAAAAUGCAUAGGAUCAGCUUUGGACUCAGAAGCCCAGACACAGGCCCCGAAUCAACUACAACAGAAGGCCAACCCCAACAGCACUCAACAACAGGUGCUGAGACUCCAACGUCAGCUGACUCUGUCGGGCCCGUUUACAUUUUUGACCCCGACAUCAUAGAUCUCACUCUGUUACCGCCACCUCAUACGCCAGAUUUGCUGGAACAUCCUACAAAUGUUGUUGAUGCCCAGCCACCGCGGUCUUUUGCUGAUAGUAUGGAGAGGCUUGAUCAUAUAGCGAAGGCGUAGGAAGUGUAUAGUCAAUCUGCUUGACGUCAUUUUAUUACAGCUGGCGAUUCUGGCGAUCUAGAAGAAUUCCUAGCAAGUGUUACGGUGCCACCUCCCACUCAAAAAGUCACCCCCGCCGUGGAACUAACCCCUGAAGAAAUAAUGUCAUACAUUAUCCCCCCGCCACCCUCACAAGCCAGUCUGGAGAACCUCACGAAAGCAGGGGUGGAAGAAAAAGAUCGAGAAGAAGGAGAAACGAAGAUGGUAAAUGGAAGUCUGGAGGUUAAGGGGGAGAGGGAGAGAGUGAGAAGACAUAGUGAAUGUGGAGGGGAGAAGAAUAAUGUUAUAGAGUACGCUACUGUCGAUAGGAAAGGCCCCUUUUCAUGUUGCGGCAAACCAAAGCCCUCCCACUCCUCAUCACCGGUGUCUUCUAGCGACAUUGACGUUCGACCUCCGCCCAGACGCAGCUUGAACGAACGCCCACCAGACCGGCCACCCAAAAAUGGUCAAGCGAUGGCCGCCCAAAAUGGCCAAACGCUGACCGCUCCCUCACUGCCCGAAAGGCAAAGGUCGCACUCGCUGUCUGCCGUACCCCCAAGACCGGCUGCGCAAGCGCCACAGCAGCAGAAUGGAAAGGGGAAACAGGAUGGAAUGCCAUCCCACCGGUUUCUACCCCCUAAGAAACCCCCUUUGCCACCCGUACCCCCCUUGGAAGUUCUGCGCCAGAAGAAGACCCAUUUAGACGCUGUAAAUGACACCCCCUCACUGCGUACAGCAGGAAUUGGUUCCCCCCAUUUGCAACGCACCAGGAUUCAAAGGCAGGACGUGGAACAAAUGGAGGCUGACCAAGUUUCUGGAGGGAAAGUGACUAGGAGUGGGAGUGUCAGAAGUAAUGGAAAAACCGCCAUCAGCACUCCUACGUCGCCUUAUUUGGGUCGCGGUGGUGCUCCUCUGACCGCAGUUCCUGUUCAUUUAGACUCGCCGCCUCUCAGCAACGGUUGCGCAAUGGGAAAUCCUGCGCGAGAAACGCUGCUGACUCGCGCGGAUACCGCAGUCGCACGUCUAGCGGCGUCUUUAGAAAAGUCCGCUGCGCAGUGUGGAGCUGCGCAUAAAAGAGGAGGUGGACCCCUUAUAUCGGAAGAAAAAUUUCAGAGAGCCAAGGAAGAGCUAACCCAACAAUCUCUUCAACUAGUAACAUCAAGCAAAGUGCUGGUGGUAGCACUGUCAUCCUCAACUGAACCUGCUUCUGCUGCGCGAUCUGACGAUGCGACCAACGCUAGCAGCCUCUCCGAAAACCUGGCCGUUUGUGUAGCCUUAUUGCGACGUCUAUCGUCUCUUUGCGCAGAUAUGGCUGACCAUGCUACAGCGCCUUUGCAGACUAGAAACCUGAUUAUGAAGGUAUACGACGUGACGACUGCUUUCAGACAGCUGUUAGCAGCUCCACCUGCUGGCGGGGUGGACUGGUCCUCAAAGUCAGCAGUUGAGGAGCACUUGACGGCACAAGCGGAAAGACUAGCAAACGUACUAGCUGCACUGUUGCGUACUCUCAGGGUAUUCUCUCCUUGAAAUACGGUAUCUGAAUGUUAUCGAAGGAAGAUAUGAAACAGUUGAAAUAUUUGCCAUCUGUAAAAAGAGUUCAUAAUUUGUUAUUCCAACACUUUUGAAAAGCUUGGAGUUCUCGUCCAGCUAAUGUGGAAGUGAAAAUGGCAACUGCUUGUCCAAAAGUAUUUUUAACAAAUCGUUACUUUGUUCACAUAAAAAGACGACUAUAAGCUUUUUUACGAAAUUCGGAAUACUUUGUGUGGUUGCUAAUAUCCUUAAAAUGCAAACUAUACUUUAUAUCUACUUUGAUGAAGUUAUAAGAUCAAACAUUUGAAUGGUUGACGAAUCAUGUCAUUCCAAAAAUAAAUAGACUGUAUAAGAUCAAAAUAACCAUGAAAAAAAUCGUAACCAACAAGACUCAAGUAAGAAACUUAUGUAGGAGUGUUAGAAUCUCGUUUUACUGAAAAUGUAUUAUAUCAAGAUUUUUGAAAUUUUAUUAUGACUCCAGUAAUUAUACUUAGUCAAAGAACCUUUCUUAUAGCCGUAAAUGUUAAUCAUUGUUUUGUGUUAUACAAAAAGCAAAAAAUAUAACUCAAUCUACGUUAACUUUGCGUAGUACUACUAUAGGGCUGUCGUACAUUUGGCCACCGGUGUCAACGUCAGGAAAGCAACUAGUAGAGCAGCCACAAGUUGGGAUAGCAAAUUGAGUGUUCAAAUAGCCAAUUUCGAGCCACAAACCAAGGCAGCCGCUAAUUGUAAAUCCAAAGAGUGAUUAUAACUAGAGAAGACAGACAAGGCCACUAAAUUAAAGUCAGAUAGAGAGAGAUAGAGAUAACCAAGAUGUAACCAAGAACUUGGCGUCUAUCUCUGAUCUUUCUCAGGAUUUGUCAGAAGCCUGGCUACUGACUGGUCACCCUUUAAAAGAAACAGUUUUGAUUUGGGGUCUGUCUUAUGGUAUUUACAAAUAUAUUACAGCUUUGUGUGCAUUUUCAUACUUCACAACUCUGAACAAAAGGUACAGGAUAUGUUUCAAAUAACAUAACAGGGACUUUAUUGAAUUAAAAUGGAUUGUUACAAAAAUGGCAUGCUGAAAAAUAUAAGGUUAAUUUAAAUUUGACCAAUCAGACAACGUCAUUUGUAAAUGAGCUGCCGCUGCCAUUUUUUGAGGGUGCGACAUGGUUGUCAUAUUGUGUACCAGCAACACUGCUUUGUUUCCCAGUCGCCCAUAUGAGUUUCACCCCCCUGGCUGAUGGCCUGUAAACACGUAUUUUGUUAGAGAUAAAUACCAUGUUGCCAGGUGGAUAAUUCUUUUUGGAUGAACUUAAGGCCGUAUCUUUAGUGGUUCCUACAAUUGUAGUACACCUUCAUGGUCUCCUUGAUUUUCAUAGUUUUCUACUGUACUGUGCCAGCGCUCUAUUUUGAGAUUAUGUUACAAAUAUCUAUUUGCAUCAAAUUGUUCAUGCUAUUGAUUUAUAUCAUCUGUUAUAUCAGCCUGAAAUUCAAAAAGAAUCUUACAAUAGCGCUGACGCUGACACGGAACAGUAGAUAUCUAAUAAUACUUCAGCCUUUUCUGAAGGAGAGAAAAUGGUAUCAAAAUCAAGGAGGCCAUAAAGGCGUCCUUCAAUUCUAGGUACGACUGACGAUACGGGCCUCAUCGUCCAUCACUCGUAAUGGAAGCAUAUUUUGUUCAAAUCUACUUUUGUUUCGACAUUAAUUCAUGGUGAGGAUAUUUACCAUACAGUUGCGGCCUAGGGAAUAUAUUUUUCUUUCAAUAAAGUUUUAAAUAACAGUUUCCACGAAUGCUCUUGGCAUCAUGGAAAUAUAUAAGUUACCCUGAAAACAUAAUAAAAAGAAAUGUUAGUUUGAAAAUCUUUUUUUUUCAGCCUAAACCUGACAUAAUUGUUAUCUAGACAGCCUGGCAUUAAAACGAUAUAUUCACUUAUUACGUAUGUCUUUUAGACACAACCACCACAAAUCGGAAAAGAACUGAACUCAGCUCAGUCUAAGUGUAGCGUUUUGUAAACAUUUUGCAAGCUUGGCAACACCGCCUCGGUCAUUUAUGAGCGAAAUUCUUGUAUUAUUGACACAAUGUCAAGCAAUAGCUCAAGAACCGACAGCAAAUUUUUGGCUACACCAUCGUGUUCUGAUAUGAUACGAUUAAAACUGGUCAAAUCUUGAGUAUUUUGAUAACUAAAUAUCGAAACGUCUUCUUUUGAUAUAACUACUCUUUGGUGCCACCGUGGUUAGCCCGAUAAACUGUAAAAAAAGUCCGUAUGUAUCGCAGAGGUAGCGAUAGUUGAUCAGACAAAAACUUUUGAUUAUAUAUUUUUGUGAAUUUACAUCCUUGUCAAAGCUGCACACUCACCAUAAAAUUAAAUACGAGGAUCGGGUGAAAUGUUCUCGGCCUGACAAAGAAAUGACGUUCCAGUCAGCCAAUAACUCAUAAUUCCUUGUUGGAUGUCCAUGUAAUUUGUUUGAUAAGCUUCAACUUAUUCUCAAGUAGUUUAUUCACACGAUUUAUUUAUCGUGCACGUCUUGCGUGGUGUCCAUCAAGAUGGAUAAAAUUGAAUUACGUGCUAUUGUCAAAUUCCUCAUGUUGGAAGGAUUAUAUCACAAAAUGCAAGUUCAGAGUUAUUUAGGAAAAUGUUAUUUGAUUUGAUAUAUUUUCCUUUAGUUUAUGGUUCUGACUCAAAUCAGAAAAUAUUGAAUUAGUCUUGGGAUACUGAAAAAUUAUUAGUUUCUUAGAAAAAGUGCAAAAAGAUGUACAUUAACUGAAAAUUAAACUGAGGUAGAAUAAUAGAUACGUAGAAAGAAGCGUCAACUACUUUAUUAUUUGAAACAUAAUAUUAACAAAGUGUACAAUAUUAAAAGAUACGCGUUCAAAGUGUAAUUAUUUUCUUCUUUGGAUUUGGUAAGUUCAGUUGUUCUUCUCCUUCGUAAUACCAUCAGUAUUCCUUAUCUACAAACUUUAUUUGAUUAUUGAGAUUGUUUUAGCUUUUCUAUAGUUAAACCUCCAAACUUUUCUGUUAUCUUUAUUGGCAGAAAUUUAGGGCGGUCCCGGUUUUUUUGCAUUUUAAUUCUCAAAUCAACCUUUAGGGAUGGCGUGUAUGUUUUUACGCCGAUGCUGCCACACAGGCAGUAGCCUAAAUGCCUGGGCUGCUAUGAGGAGCUUAAAGAUACCCUGUUAAUCCAAUUUUUGGACUGCUUGAGGUUAGGAGAACUGGGAAAAGUCUCCUUAUGUAGAUUGUUCCACACUAUCGAUACUCUAGGGGCAGAGGAGCGGUCGUAUCGGUCAGCUAUGAUGUACGAACUUAGACACGGUUAAGGUGCACACACGGUUCAGCGGGUCUGAUUGGCAGGCACAUGGUGAGGCGGCAUCACGGAGGAGAUCUUGGAUGAGCAAAGCCUGUUGGGUAUUGCGGUUGAAGAGAGCUAGGUCGUUGACGGCCCGCCGGUGCGAAAGGGUCCCGAGACUGUCCAUUAGAUAAGAGUCAUCGAUCAGUUGGAUAGCCCUCUUCUGAACAACAUCGAGCAUGGAUAGUGUAGUUGGGGCUACACCACCCCAGACGUGUGAGCAGUAUUCGGCGCUAGGUCUUACCUGGGAAUUGUACACAGUGAGAAGGUCGUGUGGAGAAAAUCACUUCUUAGCCUCGCUUUUUCCCAGUAGCUGGCGAUAUUGGUCAGAUGUGUUUGUGCCAGAUUAAGUUCUCGGUAAUCUGAACUCCGAUCAGCCGAUAUGAACGGUUCUUUGAUAGAACUCGGCAAUCCAUCGAAACCGAAUGAGCGAUAGGGCGUUUCUGUCUUUUGAAAGCAUUACACUCUACCAGAUUGUUGCGUCUCCAAGCAGUGAUAACCUCCAGGACUCUCGUCAGAGAUGAAGUCGCUGCUAGUCUUUUUCUCUCCAGCUCGCUGGCAGAAAUCGGCUUGUAGCUUAACUUUCAGCAGUACAACUUGAUACGUGUUGACACCGACUAGACUCUCAAAACAUAACCUCAAAGGUGGUAUGUCAUCAGCAACUAACAUAUCCAUAUAGCCUAUUUCACGAGUAUCCAUCAUGCUUGGACGUCUACUCGUGAAAUAGGGUAUAGAUACUUGUAGUUGAUAGAGGUAGUAUGUCUCUUAUCAGUUUAAUAUAGCUCUUUUAUCAACUGAAAUAAUAGCAGAACUCAGAGCCAAAAUAGUGGAACCAACACGGCCGAACACUAUUCCUCCUCUUCUUUGAUUAAGUAGGUUUGAGGGGAG